AUGGAGGCAUGCACCGGCGGGCACAGGGAGCUCGUUUCACUGCUGCUUCAGCACGGGGCCAGCAUUAGCCACGCUACCCCCAGCGGCCGCACCGCCCUGAUCCUGGCAAGCUUGUACGGGCACGCAGAGGUGGUGGAGCUGCUGCUGGCCCACGGCGCAGACACGCGGCCCAACAAGUUCACCGCGCUGCACGCGGCCUCCGGCAACGGCCAGGGCCAGGUGGUGAAGCUGCUCAUUGCAGCGGCGCACUGGUCCGACAGUGACGCCGCAGAGGCCUUUUUCUCCGCGUGUGCCAAUGGGCACUUGGAGGUGACGCAGCAGCUUCUGCAGCUCGGGGUGCCGGCCUCCAGCGCGGCCUCGGAUGGGACCACGGCACUGAUUCAGGCGUGCAUGGGCAGCCAUCGCGAAGUAGCAGCAGAACUGAUUUUGCACGGCGCUUCUUUGGAGGACGCCUUCAACACGGCGCGCAGGCGGAAGAUGCCCGGGGUCACCCGAGUGCUGCAGCGUGCGGUGGAAGAGGUCACCUCGCGGACAGGGACUGAAGGCAGGAACUUGGACCACCUCGUGCGCAACAUUGAGGGCAAAAAGAAGUCCCGGCGUCCUCGGCAUUUGUCCACUGGAACUGGCUCCACUUCCACCUUCCUGGCAGAAACUUCGGAGGCGGCCGCCGCCACGGAAAGUUCCCCCAAGCGCCAGCAGGCGGACGAGGAGGUUGAGGCAGAGGAGGAUGACGCCGCCUAUUUUGCCAGCUCUGGGUGCCCCCUGACCGGCGCCUCCUGGUUCAAGGUGGAUGGCCUGGAGACUCUGGAGAAAAGUUCACCAGAGCCCAAAGAACCCAAGAAGCAGGAAGAGCUGGAGCGAGCAGAGCCAGUAGAGCGAGUAGAGCAAGUAGAGCGAGAGCCGGAACGAGUAGAUCGAGUGCGGGAGCUGGUGCCUUGGACAAGGGUCCUGGAAGAAACUGCCUCGCGUUUUCCGGAGAGCAUCUCCAGCCGUUUGGCCACGAAUGGCCCGUGGUCUGUGCGACCCAUGCCCUUCUGCCGAGAAGCCUUCUACACCAUCGAAGUGCUCGGGGAGGUAGAGCCGGCGUCGCCACUUUCUUCUGAGGGCUCUAGGUAG